AAAAAGAAAAAGAAAUAAAUAAAGAAAUGGAAGAAGCUGAGAGAGAAGAAGCAGAAGAGGAAAAUGAAUUAAAAAAAGAAAUUAAAAUAAAUACAGAAAAAGAAUUAAAAACAGAACAAGAAACUGGCGAAGACAGCAGCAAAACUGCUGCUGCUGCUGCUGCUGCUGCUGCUGCUGCUGCUGCUGCUGCUGAAGACACGCUUGCUGACGAACUCGAAGAGCAGGAAGAGGAAGCAGCAAACAUAACAAAGGAAGAGGGUCCAGAAGAGACACCAAAGCAACUCUGCGAUGGCUGGAAGCCUCCCACCCCGGAUGCCGUUGAGCUGCUGCACGAGAACCUGAGGCGGCUGGAGCGCGAGUUCAAUGUGCUGCCCAGCAGCAGCAGCAGCAGCAGCAGCAGCAGCAGCAGCAGCAGCAAGAGGGCCUUCAUUGAAAAGGCAGCAGCAGCAGCAAAAGAAACAGAAAUUAGAAUUAGAGGAGCUUCUUGGGGAGACUCUUUUGAUCUUCUCCUCAGCAGCCUUCCGGGAGACUCCGAAUUUAAAAGAGAACUCAAAAAGCAACUGCUGGAGAUGAACAAGAUCGAGGCGGAGCUUUUGCGGCUUUCUGAGGUGUACGUACAGUCGCAGGGGGACUUUGGAAAAAGACAGCAGCAGCAGCAGCAGCAGCAGCAGCGGCGCAAAGACAAAGCAGCAGCAGCAGCAGCAGCAACAGCAGCAGCAGCAGCGCUGCAGCAACUCGCCAAAGCAGCUUUUCUGGGCCUCAAAAGAAUUAAAAGCUUUAUUAGCUGCUGCAACAAAAACAAAGACAGCAGCAGCAGCAGCAGAAAGGGCUGGGGUUUAGAAAAAGAACAAAUCGGAAAAGAAUUUAAUCCAAACCUCGCCAAAAAAACCCUCAAAAUCCUCCGAAAAGCUGAGGGACGCAAAAAGGCUGAAAAUAGGAAGCGGCUCUUAGACAAAUUAAGGGAGUGUAUUACCGGCAACGUCAAAACUUUCCAAGUGUCUCUGGACGAAGUGGCGGCGUACUUGGAAGUGAUAAAGGGUUUGGACUUGUCUGCUGCUGCUGCUGCUGCUGCUGCUGCUGCUGGUCCUGCUGCUCGGGAGCAGCAGCUAGCGGAGCUGGCGCGGGGGUUUGCUGAAUUGGAGCAGCAGGAAGCCGAAAAGGCAGCAGAAAAAGAGGAAAAAAAGGAGAAAAAAGAAGAAAAGAAGAAAGAAAAAAGAAAAGAGUCAAAAGGGGAGAAAAAAGGAGAAAAAGAAAUGCAAAAAACAAAAAAAGAAAUUCAAAAAACGCCGCAAAACCACCAACUGCAGCUCUUCGCUGUACGUACACUCCAAGCUGCAGCGCUCCCGCCCCACCAAAUGGCCUGGGCUCUUUACGCGGGCAUACGGGAGUCGCUAGUCCACGCAGUAUCUGCUGCUGCUGCUGCUGCUGCUGCUCCUGCUGCUGCUGCUGCUGCUCCUGCUGCUGCUGCUGCUGCUCCUGCUGCUGCUGCUGCUGCUGCUCUGGCGGCUCGUGCUGCUGCUCUUUGCCUGUCUCCUGCGAUGCUGCUGAAGCUGCAGCAAGCAGCAGCAGCAGAUCCUUUUUUUGAAAACAAAAAAGAGGAAACAGCAGCAGCAAUGGAGCAGGCAAUGAAAGAAGCUGCCGCGUCUCUGGUGCUGCGGGACUUGUCGGACGUUGCUGCUGCUUGUCUUGCUGCUGAGCGGCAGCAGUUUGUUACUGCUGCUGCUGUGCUGCUGCUGCUGCAGCUGCUGCUGCCAGGAGAGACACAAAAGGAGAAAACAGCAGCAGCAAAAAGAGAAAAACAAAAUAUCAUUUUAAAUCUUUUCGGCAGCAAAACUCCUUUGCUGCAGUGGCUGCUGGGGGGCCCCGGGGCCUUUGCAGUGCAGCGCUACGGGGGCCCCUCGCUGCAGCAGCAGCUGCAGCAGCACUUGCAGCAGCUGCAGCAGCAGCUGCAGCAGCAGCAGCAGCAGCAGGAAGGCGCAGCAGCAGCGGGGAAGAAGACACGCAAGAGACGGGGAAAAAAGACGAAGGAAAUGAAAGAAAUAAAAAAAGAAAUUGAAAUUACAAAAGCUCUUUUGAAAAAUCCCGAAAAUAUUCCUUUUGAACUUGAAAAACAUUUUGCUGCUGAGGAGUUCUACAGUCUAUACACCCGAGACGACGCAGCAGUGCGAGCAGCAGCAGCAGCAGCAGCAGCAGCAGCAGCCGACGCAGCAGCAGCAGCAGCAACAAAAGACGCUCUAGAGCGAGCAGCAGCGCAUGCAGAGACUUUCAGGGCCUGCAGCAAAAAGGGGCAGCAGCAGCUGCUGCUGCUGCAGCAGUGGCUCGGCGAUGCAGCAGCAGCAGCAGAUUUGCUGCUUCUGGAAGCAGAAAAAGAUAAAAAAAUCCACAAAGACACAAAACAGCUGAUCUGGAGAAUCGUUAAAGACGAAAAGGAGAAGGCGGCAGAGCAGCAGCACAAGGACUACUUCGAAACCCUUGUGGACGUUGCUGCACUGGAGCAGCUCAUGAAGAGAGCCCGCUUGGGGGUUUCGAAGGAAGGCAAACGGCACCUCAAAACCCUAAAGAUGAUGCCCCAAACCCUAAACCCUAAACCCUGGAGAGAAGCGGCGCUGCAAACCCCCGGAGUGAAGGCGGAAAAGAAAAUUAAAAAGUACCGUUCUGUGGCAGUUGCUGACUGA